AUGUGCUCCUCCGCCGGUGUUGCCGGUAUCGCCUCCACAUCCGGAGCCACGCAGGGUCAGGGCCCGGACAGGAGGGGAUCGGAGGGGAUCUGGUAUACCUUUCUAGCAUUACGGACGGACGGACGGACGGACGGACGGACGGACGGACGGACGGACGGACGGACGGACGGACGGACGGACGGACAGACGGACAGACGGACAGACGGACAGACGGACAGACGGACGGACGGACGGACGGACGGACGGACGGACGGACGGACGGACAGACGGACAGACGGACAGACGGACAGACGGACAGACAGACAGACAGACAGGGGUGGAGCCACUUAG